AUGUUGGAUGUCGAAACUCCUCCGAAAAUCGCCCCAUUGAGAGCCAUGGAGCUGGGCGAGCUCCAGCGCGAGAUCUUGCCGCUGUCUGAGUCUUCCAACGGCGCCCCUGUCACCACCCCUCCCGAGCUUCCUAUCGGCAAGCCCUCCUCUCCCAUUGCGGAUCUGGGUCAAGCGGAAUAUGAGCAGAGUCCUAACCUCAGACCUACAGUCUCAUCUGGCGUGAUUGAGAACAAGAACAUUGUCCGCAGAAAGCUGACGGGCUACGUUGGCUUUGCCAACCUUCCCAACCAAUGGCACCGCAAGAGUGUUCGCAAGGGUUUCAACUUCAACGUUAUGGUUGUUGGCGAGUCUGGUCUCGGAAAGUCUACCCUUGUCAACACUCUGUUCAACACCUCCCUGUACCCUCCCAAGGAGCGCAAGGGGCCAAGUCUCGACAUUCUCCCCAAGACUGUCACCAUCCAGUCUAUCAGCGCAGAUAUUGAGGAAGCAGGUGUUCGUCUGCGUCUGACCGUUGUCGAUACCCCUGGCUUCGGUGACUUUGUCAACAACGACGAGUCCUGGCGGCCAAUCACGGAUAACAUCGAGCAGCGCUUCGAUGCUUACCUGGAUGCCGAGAACAAAGUCAACCGGAUGAACAUCGUGGACAACCGCAUCCACGCAUGUGUCUUCUUCAUUCAGCCAACCGGCCACUCGCUGAAGCCUCUCGACAUUGAGGUUAUGAAGCGUCUCCACACUAAGGUCAACCUGAUUCCCGUCAUUGCCAAGUCCGAUACUCUGACAGAUGAGGAGAUCACUGCUUUCAAGGCGAGAGUCCUAGCAGACAUCAAGCACCACAACGUGCAGAUAUUUGAAGGCCCUCGUUACGAGCUCGAUGACGAGGAGACCAUCGCCGAGAACAACGAGAUAAUGUCCAAGGUUCCUUUUGCUGUCGUUGGUGCCACCGGUGAGAUCACAAACGCCGACGGGCGCAAGGUGCGCGGUCGUGAGUACCCAUGGGGUGCCAUCGAGGUCGACAAUGAGGAACACUGCGACUUCGUCAAGCUCCGCCAGAUGCUCAUCCGGACACACAUGGAAGAGCUCAAGGAGCACACCAACAACCUUCUCUACGAGAACUACCGAACGGACAAGCUCAUCCAGAUGGGUGUCUCGCAAGACCCAAGCGUCUUCAAGGAGGUUAACCCAGCCGUCAAGCAGGAGGAGGAGCGUUCCCUCCACGAACAGAAGCUCGCAAAGAUGGAGGCCGAGAUGAAGAUGGUCUUCCAACAAAAGGUCGCCGAGAAAGAGUCCAAGCUGAAGCAGAGUGAAGAGGAGCUGUACGCCAGGCACCGAGAAAUGAAGGAGCAGCUGGAGCGCCAAAGGCUGGAGCUCGAGGAGAAGAAGUCGAGAGUCGAGAGCGGGCGGCCAAUCGAAAAGGAAGGCAAGAGGAAGGGGUUCUCCCUCCGAUAA